UCAGUAACACAAUGGUGGUGUCUCAUUUAUCCCAAGUGCCGACGUGGGCACUUCUUCUGUGCGGUGUUCUCUCGGGAGGUGCUUCUUUGCUCUUGGACACGUUUUGUACUUGCUGUGUAUCAGAAGAGAACAUCUAAAGCGGAAUGGAUUGCAUCAUAUGGGGUAUCACGAUAGUAAUUAUCGUGUUCCUUGCCGGAGAAUUAGCAUGUAAAUCCUAUUUAUUUCCUGCAAGAACAGUCUCUGCUCGAAACAUCGGCGACCCUCAUCAUGAUACUCUUCCGGCUCGCUGGAUCUUCCACCUUUCAGGUAUGCUCAGUCCACUGACCGGGAGACUGAACAAGAGACCGAUGAAGAACGAAGAGGAAACUGGCUUCUACCAGACCAUUACUUGUGGGUGCCAAGGACGAGUGAAUCAACGAGUUCCCGCCGAGGAAGUGACUGACCACAUUGACGGCCGUAGCCAUUAGACAAUAUUGAACGCCGACAAAAAUAACGCCGUAAAUAUGAACAUUACAUUGUGCACUUUCCGGCUCCGUAACCGGGUUCCACAUUUGUGUGGCUCUUGUGGUACCACAUCGAGGUCCCUCAUGCACUCCAAUGGCAGAGUGUCAUCAGCAUUGUCAGGAUGGACGGGACCAAGAUUGUGAAAUGAAAUGCGCGAGUUCUUAUCGUGAUAAAAGUUUAUCUGUGCGUUGGAUACAAGUCUGACUACAAUAAGACUUGUCGUACGAAGAAGGCAACAGAAAUGUUACCAAUUUGCAAUCAGCGUACGCAAACAGUGAAAAUGUAACAGCUGUAAUGCUGCCGGUGUAACCGGUAUAAAUAUCUCGUUACUGGGUGAUUUUAGCAGGCUGCGACGAGAAUCCAAGCCGCAAUUUUCACGCUUGAUUCAUUGAUUGAUUGAAAAAUAAUCCCUUAACGCCUUGCAUACACAUGCUUUCUGUAGUCAUUUUAUGUUUCAAAGACGUAAGUAGUAGACGACGGGUCUCGUGCUCUCAUGUUUGCGCCGUGGGUCGCAGCACGCUCGCGUACCGAUGCGUCAGGAUCUGACCUUCAAGCGUACCAGACUGUCCGUCUCAACUGCCUCUCAGACCGUCCGUCUCCAAGUCCGUCUGUCUGUCUCUUACCAAGAACCCUCCGACUUCACAAGAAUAAUAUAACGCAUUUUAGGUAGUGAAAUAGUCAGAUAGUUUUCCUGUCUGGAAAGAGUGUGAAUGAAAACCGCUCCUGAUAAAUGUGCCGGGAAAGAAAGCCGAAAUCGAAACUGCUUCAUGCAGCCAUCUGUGGACAACAACAGAAGUUAUUCGAGCGCGCGGUUUAUUUGAAAUAUAUUGUUCUCAACCGAAAUAUCUUCUCAGUUUCUGCUCACACUGGGUGCUUACAAACACGGGAAAGCCGAACGAAACCGAAGUGGCGAGUUACAAAAGAUAGUCAUAUCUGUGCAGAGAGUAACUUGUAUCUCUCAGCUGCGUAUCUCUUUUGCUCAGCGGCUCUCAGCUUAUAAUGUUCGACCCAAUGGUGCUGAGAACGACUUUUUCGGUAUCUGGAAAGUGUGCUUUAGCUAUAAAUGAUAUAUUUAAGACAUAUUCCUAUCCCCUUGCAGUGCAGUAGCAGAGAUAUCUCUACUUACUUUUGUAUUUAUUUCAAAAAUUGUGUUUGCUUUGUAUUGCAUAGUAUCGUACCGUAUUCGUCCAUUAACAGCUGCUUUAUGUAUAUGACGUUUUGAAUGGAACUAGGGUUACCUCCAAGUGCACAAUCUUGCACGAAGGUCACUGACUUUUCAGCGCUUGUUAUAGAAGCCUUACACGUGCUUCACACUGUUAAUUCACUACAAAAAGCUCAUUAAAUGAUACGGUAUUAUAGUAAAACCAGUGCCCCACUGGUCACUGAAGUCCUUUAGUGAGGACAUCGAGAAUCGUUUCAUAACUAUGAAGUGGUUGCAGUGCUUCUUGGCGUUGUCUUUAGAAAAUCAGCCGCUAUGCUCUGAAGCGUUGUAUUCACACAACAAGGUUGCCGACUUCAUUAUGCGCUAUUAUUUUAUCUUGUAGCAACUUACAACUUUUAACAGACACGACAGACGUGACAUAAUGUUUGACAAUGGGAAGAUGGCAAAGAAGCAAGCGGGCUGGUGAAGUCGAUGCAUAAUGUAAAACCCCGAGGCUAGGGAACACGAAGGGACAGGCACAACACGAAGUCGUGUUUUGUCUGUCCCUUCGUGCUCCCUAGUUUGGGGUUUUUACAUUGAGCAUACUUUUUUGAACUUCUGAAAUAAACAGAAAUUCCUUCUAUUUCUUUUUAGGCAUUGACAAGCAGUUAAGGCUCGACAGAGGGGAACAUAAUUUAUUGUGCCGUUAUGUACAUAGUGAAUAUGUGUUGAAAUACACAGAUAUAUUCAACCAAGAGA